AUGUCCAGCUAUUUGUGUUCAGUGCCAAAAGUGUCUUACCACCUUAGCCAAAUAAACUGCUGGCUGGUUGUCAUGGGCCACAGGGGACCACUGCGGUUGGCUGACCUUUGUAAGCUGUAUAAUGAGGACUCUGUACACACCCUAUGCUCUCUGUUUGAGCAUGAGUGGAAAAAACAACAGAAUUACUAUGAGAGAUUGAACCCAGAAGAGGAAUCAGGGAGAGAGACAUUGCUGUUCUCCAGUAACACUUUUUCUGGUUACUCACUCCUCUAUGCAAUAUUGAAGACUUUCCGUCCAAACUUAAUCAAAGUUGUGCUUCUGAGACUGUCAACUGAUCUUCUUGGCAUUCUCGGGCCUUUGACUCUCAGAUGGGUUAUCCUGUUCUGUGAGAGGCAGCCUGUGUUUGACUGGGUGGGAUACACAUAUUCACUGGUGGUGCUGGGGGCAGUUUUCUGCUCUGCUGUUUCUAAAUAUCAGCUUGAGAGACACAGCAGGGUAACAAUAGCCAAUGCACAGGCUGUUCUGGCUGACACCCUCUACAGGAAGGUAAAGACACUGUCUCUUUCCCAUAGAUCUCAAAUGCAAUCCAACACCACUGAUGCUGACACUCUACUGUCAGUGGAGGUUGAGCGUGUGGCAGGACUGGGAGUCACACUGGCCUGUCUCUGGUCCUCCCCCUUGAGAGUCGCUCUGUAUCUGAGCUUACUGUGGAGGGAACUAGGCCCCGGUGUGCUGGUGGGGGCAGUAUUACUGAUAGUCCUCAUCUCUGUCCGUUCAGCAGUGGAGCGCAAAGUCAAACAGCUUCGGAGAUCUCAGGAGAUCAUCAGGGAAAGGAGUGAACAGCUUAUUAAGGAAAUGCUGCAUAAACUUCAGGCACUGAAAUUUCUUGCAUGGGAGCCAUGGUUCCAUCAGAGAGUUUCAGAGUCACGGGCCAGUGAGCUGGAAAUACUACAAAUUCUGAGAUAUCUGACAGCCUUCUCUAUGCUUGAUUCAAUCUGUAUGCCUUUCCUGGUUUCUUUCUCUGGUCUUGGUUUUUUUGUCCUGGUGGAUGAUGGGAAUGUCCUCACCCCAUCUCAGAUCUUUUCAUGCCUCUGUUACUUCAGAUUGCUGCGUCUCCCUCUGCUGGAGCUUCCUGCACACUUCUCUGGCCUUAAACAGGCACAGCAGUCUCUUUGCAAUCUGGAGAAAGUCUUUCUCAGUAAGGAUCUGGGCACCGCUCAGUUAGUUACUACGGAAGGUACUACAGAAGAGCUUCCACCUGACAGCUCCCAACAGCAGUGCCACAGGUGUAAAAGAGAUAAGCACAGUGAUUCUGAUGAGGCAAGAGAUCACCAGCUAUUCCAAAAGGGCAGUGGAGAGGCCCGCAGGCUGUAUCUGAGUGCUUUUGGGUGGCACUGGGUGGCUUGUUAUUCUGUAGGCUUCCUAUGUGUGUGUGCAGUGUGUAUAGCACAGGACGGGGUUCUGAGUGUAUGGACAGGUGAAGCCAAAGAAGUGCAGGGCCUAGAGGAGUGGCGAGAGCUUAGAAACUCUCGACUAUCUGUGUGUGGACUGCUAGGUCUCCUGCAAGCCAUGCUUGUGUGCUGUUCUGCCUACUGUCAGACCCGUGGUUCUCUCAGGGCAUCUGAUUCUCUACACUCUGAACUGCUGUCAGAUAUUCUUCACCUGCCUGUGCAUACAGCUCAGACAACAGAUACCAAACAUCUAUUACACACCUUCACUCAGGAUAUGCAAGUAAUUGAUGAAAAACUUCCGAUACACUUGCACAGCUGGUUGUGGAGUCUUUUGGAGAUAUUAAGCACCAUUACUGUGAUCUGCUUCAUCAUGCCAAUUUUCAGCCUGGCUGUGUGUCCACUGAUAAUCCUCUUCCUUCAUAUUCAGUCUCAUUUCUCAUUGGCCCACAUCCAAAUCAGACCCAUGGAGACAAACCCAAUUGUUUCAGUCACUUCUCACAAGGAGGUGUGUCAGCAGCACUGGCUCCUACCCAUGAAUCAAAACCUGCUGGUCAAGUACAACAGAACCAUCACAGAAAGUUGGUUUGUGUUGCAAUUAGACGCCGUUGCUGGGAUUGUGCUUUUCUUGAUCAGUUUGGUCCUGCUUCAGACUCAGCCGAACUCUGGACUUGUGGCUUUGGUCUUAAUCUCUGCUUUCAAAGUGAGAGAACCUCUUCAUCGAUACUCUCAGGCUGCUUCUGAUGUUGACAUUGACCUGUUGAGUAUACAAAGAGUCAGUGAAUUCGCCAAAAUGGAUAAGGAGGCAGCAUGGAGAGUCACCUACAGUGCACCGUUUGACUGGCCACAACAGGGAGAGGUGAAGUUCAGGAACUAUGAAUGUGAAGCCCCCUUUACACCAACUAUUAGGGGACUUAAUCUCAUCAUUUUAAAAGGAGAGAAGAUUGGGGUUGUGAGCACGGAAAAGGCAGACACUGACCACUUGGUGAACUGUCUGUUCCGGGCAGUGGAGGCCAGCAGUGGUGCUGUUCUGAUUGACGGUGUAAACAUUGCCUGUGUGGGUCUACACGACCUGCGCAGCCGCCUGCAAAUAAUUUCUCAGGUUCCUGUACUGUUCUCGGGUCCCCUCAGGGCUAAUUUGGACCCGUUCACUCGGCAUACUGAUGCACAGGUGUGGCUGGCUCUGGAACACUGCCAUUUAAAGGAGCAGGUUCGACAAUUGCCUGCUCAGCUGCUGCACCCAACACAGAGGACAUCUUUUGUUCUCAGCCUUGGGCAGAGGCGGUUGCUAUGUUUGGCUAGAGCCAUGCUGGAAAGGGUUAAAAUCCUGCUUGUGCAAGAGGCUCCUCCUUGUGUGGACUUGGCAACUGAGCACCUGGCCCAACAGUUGAUCCACACCGAGUUUAAAGACUGCACUGUACUGUGGCUCACUCAGAAUCCACUCACUGUCAUGCACACAGACAGAGUGCUGGUACUGAAAAAAGGACAAGCUUUGAAGUUUGACGCCCCUUCCACUCUCCUCCAGCAGAGGCUGUUAAGUCAAUGAGAGGAGACCUGAUUUAAGGAAGCAAUUUUCUUUUUUUAAAUGUUUUUAUUUUUAUGCUUUGAACAACAAAAUUCUACUACAAUACAACAUAUAUUUUUGUGCCAGGGGAGCAAGGAGAAAAAAGAAAAAGGUACAUUCACAAAGACAAAUGACCUUUGAUUUAUACAAAGAUUUUGCAGGUGAACAGUUUUUAUAGCUUUACUAUUAGUACUAUAUGGAAUAGUAGAAAUAUAAUUAUCAAUUCCUUUAAAAACUACUGAAA